AUCGUCAUAAGCGCUGGUCUCGUUCCCAUCCCAUGUGUCGCGGGGGCCUGCGGCCCGGCCCACGUUCCUUCGGUUCAGGCACAGACAAAAGUCGGAGCCCGCGGGCGACACAAGGUCUGGUGCAUUCGGGGCGCCUUUCCUAGGGUGACUUCAUAGGUCAAAUAAUAUUACUGUUGAGCGCCGGAGCACGCGUUGAUCUGCACACGUGCCUGCGCCCACACUUGUUCCCACCUACCAUCUUGAGAACAAUGUCCUCGCCCAGCCG